CAGAUUUCCUAUUCUCGAAGGAAAAUAAUCUGGAGUUCUCAGCAAUGACACCAAGUAGUCCUUUUGAUGAAUCGCAAUUGGAGGAAAUUACAAAUAAAUUAGCGCUAAUAGGAAUGUUGGAUGAUAGUAGUAGUAAUAGCAGUUCGGACAAUAGCAAUAAUGAGGAUAUGUUAUUGGUUAACCAUCUUAUAGAAAAAGCACAACACAAAUACACGGUAAAACAAUCUCCGGUUAAAUAAUCUACCUUGAAAGCUUUUAUUUACAGAAAGACAAACAGCGAUUGUUUCGUCUCUUUCCAUGUGAAAUGAUUGGCAAUGAGAACACCUUAUCUGUUUUGUCGCUCAAUUGCUGGUAAACAGAAUAAUAAAAGCAUUGAGUUGUUUGAAAUAACUUAUUUUAACGAAAAAAAAAGGGGACUUUAUAUCGUUGCUAAACAACGUCAAUUCCGUUUGGAAGCGAUCGCAAAUAACAUUGCCCAAAAAAAUUACGAUAUAGUUGCACUUCAAGAGGUCUGGAUGUUAGAGGAUGUGGAGUAUAUCAAAGAAAAAACAAAAAACAAUUUACCUUUUGCACAUCAUUUUCGCAGUGGCACGCUUGGCAGCGGCUUGAUAUUACUAAGUAAAUUCCCAGUUUUAUCUUCGUCUUAUUUAAAAUUCUCUUUGGCCGGCAGGCCGCUCAAGGUCUUCCAAGGUGACUAUUUUGUGGGCAAAGGAUGUGCAGGCAUAACUGUUGAUCAUCCCGACAUUGGCCUUAUCGACGUUUAUACAACUCAUCUACAAGCUGGUUAUGGAUUAGUCGAUGAUUUUGAAGUGCAAAGGAUCACUGAAUGCUGGCAAAUUGUUCAAUGUGUAAGGAAUUCAGCUGCUCAAGGUCGACACGUUAUUUUGACCGGAGACUUUAAUAGUGUACCAACUAGUCUUUGUUAUCAAUUACUAAAAUAUCAUGGGUUUAUGACCGACUCAUGGUUAGAGGUACACGAGCAAGGCAUGGUAAAAAGCUUGGAACAGUUCAAUAAAGAUGAGAUGACAGCCAGUGAAUGUAUCCAACAAUUUGGCAUUACUUGCAAUUCACCCCUUAACACAUGGACGCAGCAUUUCUCAAAACAACCAGAAGCCUCACAUAAAGGUGUGGGUGAUCGACUAGACUAUAUCUUUUACCGUUGUACGCCUCAGCUCUUUUGCAAGUCAUCCAAAGUCGUGAUGGAAGAAUAUAUACCUGGGACAGAAAUGAGCUUUUCAGAUCAUUUUGCUGUUCACUCCGUGUUCACUGUAAAAUCGAAAAGGAAUACUCCUCUACUUAUGGUGGAGACAGAUAGUGUAGAUGACAAGGUCAAACAUUUGUUUGCACCUUUACAGCAGCAAGUUGUGAGGCCGAAUUUCACAAAUAUGCCCUCAGAGACUUUCAAAACAAUUACGCACUUGAUUGAAAAAGAAACACACCGAGCCAAAUUAACAUCAACAAAACAUCUAACAAUAUUGUGUGUCUCAACAGUAAUGAUUGUUAUCAUUUAUGCUAUUCAAAUCAUCGUCCCUCAAUUGUUUCACGAUAGUCUCCUUGCUAGUUUGUUAACUAGCGUCAUCAGCGGCCUCAGUCUGAUAUUAUUGGCUAUUGUUGCUAUUAUCAGUCUUAUUGUAGGUUUUGUUUUUGGUAAGAUGGAGCAAAGAACCCUGAAUCAGUUCCUCUCAGAUUUAAACUUGUGUUUGGAAGCAAUAAACCACAAACAACAAUGUAGUGUCUUAAACGAUGAUGCUACAAUGUUGACCGGUAGAGAGAGUACUUUGGAAUAUUCAGGUGCAACAAGUAAAGAUACCACUACGAUUUCAGCAUCAACAAUCACAACUGCAUCUACCAAACAAGAUGACUGAAUGACUUGUCAAAAUCAACAAAUGAAUAGUUUGUAUUCAAAAUAUACUUUUCAUAGCAUUUAAUGAUUCUACUACUUCUGUAAUUCUCUUGCACUAUUAUCUGAUUAUCAUUAUACUUUCAAGGUCAUUUUAGAAAUAUUAU